AAGAUAAGCGGUGAUUUCAGUGUGGUGAGUACAAUAUCGGAGAGUAAUUUCAAUGAUGACAACAACAACAACAACGACGAGACUAAGGUAGAGCUCAAGGAUGAUGGCACUUCAACACCUGUACCGGCUGAAAGUGUCGUCGUCAAAAAUACCAAACCAGCACAGCAAGAAGAACCACAAGAGAAUAUCUCGACUGCAGACAAUACCAAAAAUGAAGUUGAAGUUGAACAUGCUGAUGAGAAGGAUGCAAAUAUAGUGGCUGAAGCAGUAGCAGCUGCAGUCUUGGCGAACGGUAUGAAUGAAUUGAAGGAUAGUGGCAAAGAAGUUCCGCAGGAGAAGACAGAAGUCAUUCAUCAACCCGAAGGAGAUAGUAAGACGAAGAAGUUACUGAACUCAAUCGUCGGCGAUGAGAAUGAUCCGUAUCGAUCGUUAAAGAUUGCGGUUUUGGUGGCAGGUGUGGUGAGUGUAUCGGGUGGAAUCGCGUAUUAUUUCUUCGUGAGGGUAAAAUAA